AUGGAGAUCGAUCCACCAGCUCAUCCAGUUAGGAGAGUGUAUUACUUGAGCCUUCUAGCUCACAUUUCCAAGCUGGGUACGAAGCAGUUUGCUGGUAGUUCUUAUCCCAUUGAGGCAGACGAGUGGAGGAGCAGAUUGGCUCGGAAUUUUAGCUCAACUCGUUGCGCAGAGGAGUACAGGAAGGACAUUGCGGUUCACAUCCUGGAAGGUGAUGCACAUAACUGGUGGUUUGCUCUGGACAAACGCACCAAUGGGACAAUUGAGCGGUUCUCAGACUUUGACGUGGAGUUCAACCACAAAUACUUCCCGGCUGAAGCUUGGGACCGUCUGGAGUCUCAGUUCCUAGACUUGACUCAAGGACGCAUGACAGUACGUGAGUACAAAGAGAAGUUCAACCGGCUCAAACGAUAUGUGGGUAAGGAGUUGGAGGAGGAGACGGUACAUAUACGUAGGUUUCUUCGAGGCCUAAGGGUCGAACUUCGAACCUAUUGCUCUGUUGGUCACUUCCAAACAAUGUCUGAACUGGUGGACCGCAUGGCUAUGGUGAAGACUAACUUGGCCGAAGAGGCCAAACUGAAAUCUAGGGGCCAUACGGCUUCUAGUGGAUCCGGAAGCGACCGGAAGGGAAAGAGUGACACGGCCGAAGGGGGCGAGGCCUCAAGUGAUAGGCCGGAGUGUCCUUCAUGCGGAAGGCAUCACGGUGGAGAGUGUUGGAAGGCAAAGGGGGCUUGCACCCAUUGUGGCAAGAUGGGGCACUUUGCUCGAGACUGUCCUGGACGGUCAGAGAACCGUGGACAGGGCUCGGGGAGUGACCCCAGAAGCUGUCAUUACUGCAGCAAGACGGGACACCUACGCUGGGAAUGUCCCAAGAUGCAAUCUGAUGCUAAAGGAGGUGGGGAGGCCAGCAAGCCAAGCCAGACCCGAGGUCAGAUCUUAGCACCGCGUGUGUAUGAACUGACCAAGGACGCAGCAGAGGCUGGACCGUUCCUAGCUGUCACUAGUAACAUUCUAGAUCCAUUCUUUUUCAAUUCAGUAGAUUGGCAUGAUAAGAUCGGAAAAGGGUUGUUCCAGAUGGGAACGGAGGAUGAUCCUUGCAUAGUGAAUGCGGCCGGUGGGCAAGUAAUGCAUUCAUUAGGGCGAGUAAAGGAUAUCCCAAUAGUGAUCCAGGAUAAAGUUAUGCAUGUGGAUCUGGUUGUUGUCUGCCUUAAGAAUCAUGAGGUGAUAUUAGGCAUGGACUGGCUUGGAAAGAACCGGGCCACUCUGGACUGUCACAGAGGAAGGGUGCAGUUUGAGAGUGGGUGUGGACCCCCGAUCAGGUUCCAGGGUAUUCGUCCGACCUCUGGAUGCUUAGUGAUAUCAGCAGUCCACGUGGAACGGAUGCUUGAGAAGGGUUGUGAGGCCUUUUUGGUCACAAUCGCCACUAAGGAGGUUGUAGGGGCUGGUGACCCGGAUGGGAUUCCGCUGGUUAAAGAGUUUGAGGAUGUGUUUCGGGCACUACAGGGACGACCCCAAUGUCCAAAAGUCCAUAUCAAAAAGGAUGGUAGCUUCAGGCUGUGUAUUGAUUUAGCCUCAAGGUAUCAUCAGAUCCCAAUUGAGCCUUAUGAUAUCAGGCAGACGGCAUUCCGGACCAGGUAUGGCAACUAUGAGUUUGUGGUUAUGCCAGAAGACCAUGAGAAGCAUCUCAGGACCAUACUAGGACGUUUGAGGGAACAGAAACUCUUUGCCAAACUAAGCAAGUCUAGUUUAUGGCAGAAGAGCAUUGGGUUCCUCGGACACAUUGUGUCUGAUCAGGGCGUGUCAGUAGAUCCGGAGAAGGUUCAGACUAUACGAGAUUGGCCGCAGCCUAGGAAUGCUACUGAGGUUAAGAGUUUCCUAGGGCUGGCCAGCUACUACAGAAAGUAUGUCAAGGGGUUUGCGAGUUUGGCUCAACCCAUGACACGACUUACAGGCAAGGAUGUGAAGUUUGCCUGGAAUGAAGGGUGUGAGAAGUGUUUCUCAGCGCUAAAGGAUAUGCUGACGAAUGCACCAAUAUUGGUAUUACCGUAG